AUGUACAAUUGGUAUUAUAUUGAUUAAUUUGUAGAAAAAUCUAUAUGGAAGAUGAAGAUGAAAUUGAUAGGAGAUCACUUAAAGAAAUAUGGGAGGGGAGAAAAUGUUCAGGAAAAGGAGAAAAAGGGCAUUGGUUUUAUGGGAUUAAUUGUCCGACGGAAAAUAAUGAGUUAUAUAAACUUGUAGCAUCGCUUAAAUCAAAAACAUUAGUAAAAACAGAAGAAAAAUAUAAUCAUGAGGAGUUAUAUAGUCCCGAGAGGAUUAUGCAAGAGAAACAAUAUGGGAAUAUGUUUAAAGAGAAUUUUGGUUUAUCUUAUGAAUCAAAAGCACUUAAAAAAACAAGCGAUAAGGCCAAACGAUCAUUUUUUUGGCUUCCAGAAAUUAAAGGAUUAAAAAAAGAAAAACAAAACCAUACCCUAGAAUAUGAUUUAAAAACAUCUAAUCCUCCUACAUUUAUCGACAUGUAUGGGACAAUAUCAGAAAAUAAUAUAAAAAUACCUCAUCCAUUAAAUCCUAUAGAACAACCAAUUAAAAAUGUAUGCCAAGGAAAAGAUGAAUCAUUGGAAAAGCAGAGGAUUCCCAAAAGCAUUUCUUCUAUAUCUAAGACGGAUUUUUUAUUGUCUAGAUUACUCGAUUGCUUUUCAAAACAACCAAAGAUUCUUGAAACAAAGGGAACACAAACAUCAAAAUGUUCAACUCCUAUAAAAAAAAAGAAUCAUAUAUAUCCGGGUUAUACACAAACAUCCUCUUCAAUUGAUUCACACAUUUCAUCCCAAAUAUUUGUUGACGCAAGAGAAACUUUCAUGUCGAAUUACGCAGAAGAAACCGAUUUUUACAAACAAAGAAGGGAAAAUAUAAGGAAGAAAGAUGAAGAAAAUCCUCCAGGCUAUUCUGGUGUACAUUGCCUUUGUCAGAAGAUAUCUUUAAGACGUACUCUAUUUCCUCCAAGUGUAUCUCCGUGUAAAUUGUAUACUAUUAAGAAUAUGGGAAAUUACGAACCUCAAAAGUGUUAUGAAUCGAAGUAUAUGAAUCAUCCUUUUAGGAAAAAGAUGCAGAUAUCAUCGAAAAACAUUACGCCAUCUCAAUCCAGUAUAUAUUCAUUCUCUCCUUUUAUCAAAACGGGAAUUCUACCUACAAAAGUAUCUCAAAAAGAUGUAUCGCCUAAUUUCAUUAUAAAAGAAGAACUUAGUUCUCCAUUUUCAUGUGAGGCAAAAACGAAUUAUUCUACUUUGCAAUACCACGAACGACUAGCUAAUGAAAAAGAUUGCAUGAAUAACAAUAGUAAAUGUAUUAAGGAAAAAUCUAUCUUGGAUAGAUCUUUAGGAAUGGAAUUUAAAAAUGAAGUUAAUCAAGAUAAAAAGACGCUAUUUGGCAAAAAUGACAAUGUAUCAGUAAUUAAUGAUAAUAUAGUUAAUUACCGAAAUUCAAAGAAUGAUCUUUUCGAUAUUACUGAAUUGGAAGACAAAAUUAACUCUAUGUUAUCAGCUUUAUCAAUAGAAAACAAAUCAAAUAUUUUAACGAGACUUCAAGAAAAAGUUGUUUCUAAAAAUAAUUUAGGAUCUAUUUUGGAAGAUAAGAAACCCUUGGAGAAAAUAGAAGAUAUAAAGAAUAUAAUAUCUAAACAAGUGCCUAGCAAACAUACCAAAAAGGAUGUUUUUUCAGAAACAAAUUUUGAGAAAAAAGGAAAAGUUAGAAUUCCUUCAAUAUUUCUGAAUAAAAAUGAAAAUUCUCCUUUACAUUCUAUAUCGAAAACACCAGGGCUUACUGUAUCUUCUCAAAACAUUAAGAUUGCACAAGAUAUUUUUCCAAAAACAACCAACUCAUCUAAAGAUAUAAGUAAAAAGGAAAACACAAGGCCUAAAGAUUCUAUUAUUACUAAUAUAAGAAAAAACAAUAGCAAUCCAAUACAUGCACCAAUGACAAAAGAAAAUGACUCCUUUUUAUUUAAAUCAUAUGCAAAAAAAGAGCAUCAGAAGAACUCUAAUUCUACAACUAACUUGGACAGACAAAAAUUAGCGACCAUUCAGAAUAUAAACUCUCAAAAAAGUAAACCUUCUCCUCCGGUUUUAGGAAACAUUUCAAUGCCACAAUUAUAUAAUAAGUCAUCCAAUACGUAUUUAUCAAUAACUCAUAACACAUCUACAUUUAAUUCUGAAAAUUUUUCAAAAAAUGAUCAAAAUCCAGUGAAAAAAUCGGUCAAAUCAUCUAACACAAGAUGUAAAGUUAUUAUUCCGCCCGUAUUUUUAUUAGAAAAAGAUAAUGAUGUCAAUAAUAACAAUAUACUCAAGGAGUCGCUUUCUUUGAAUAGGUUGCCGUCUGAUCCUGCUUUAGAUAUUACGCUCUUGGACAGAAAAGAUAAUGAAUCAUGUAAUAAAAAAGCAAAUAAUCAUUGCCAAAAAUUUAAAUUAGACAAUUUUAAUCAAUCUAAGAAAAUUGGUGCUUUAUCUAAUAUGAAACAAUCUUUUAUGGAAAACAUAUGUCCACAAUCAAAAUUAGUAUCCAAAAGUAAUCAAAACAAAUCAGAUCAUUCCUCGACAUCAUCCUUGUUUAGUUAUAAACAAGAAUAUAAAAAUGAUUCGAAAAUCAGUCUUACAUCUUCUGGUUUGGGAAAAACAAGAGUUGAUUCGAAAAUUGAUAAGCCUAUUAAUUUUUCUGAUACAAACAUAAAAACAAAAGAUGUUUUUGGAGAUAAAUCACCUCGUCAUAAACAUUUGGUUUCUGCAUAUCAAGAGGCGAUUAACAUGUCAACUAUAUCAUCUAAAACAACUAAAAUAAAUGAACCUAACAGAACAGAACCUAACAAGAUUAUUAUUCCAAGUAUUUUUACAAUGUCAUAAAAAUUCAGAACUUUUACAAUAUUCAAAGCAUUAAUAUUAACAUUGCAAAAAUAUAAUACAUUUACAGACAGAA